AUGAGCUCCCUCAACUCUCAAGGGCCUCCGGGAUCCGGAGGCGGUGGUGAUCAGCACGGCUCCAGCGAGGACUCAACGUCGGAUUAUGCCGAAACCGUGGAUUUCUCAGAGUUCACCUCCAUCGACACUGCCCAGAUGGUUCAUAGAUACAAAAACGGGAGGCGAUACCAGGGCUGGUUCGACGAACGCUAUGGAUUGCCAAACGACGAUACAGAGCAGGCCCGCGAGCACCUCAAGCACCGGGUCUACUCCGACUACCUGCUCAACGGCGAGUACUUCAAGGCCCCGAUAGGCGACAACCCCCAAAAGAUUGUUGAUCUGGGCACCGGCGCCGGGUUUUGGCCCAUUGAUGUGGCCGAGCGAUUUCCCAGUGCUCGCGUCAUUGGCACCGACAUUUCCGCCAUCCAGCCCCCUUGGUCACCGCCAAACGCCGAGUUCCGGGUGGAAGAUCUCGACGACGCAGAUCGGCCGUGGACGAGAAUCUACUCUGGCGCCGACCUUAUUCACACCAGAUCAGUCAUACAAACAGUCCGCCACCCCGAGCUGUUUCUGCAACGAGCCUACGAAGCCUUGAAACCCGGCGGAUGGAUUGAGUGUCAUGAUCUCUUCAUACCCGUAACCUGGGAAGACGGCACCCCAGCGAUAGACCACCCCGUUCAGCGCCUCUACGACCUCGUGAACGACGGCCCCUUUGCGCAAAAGUACGGCUGGCAGCUCUACUUUCCUCCGACGCUUCCCCAAGUCCUACGGCAGAUGGGCUUUGUCAACAUUCAGGAGCAGCACACGCCGAUUCCUUUGGGGCGGUGGGGGCGGCGAUCAAGAGACCGAGAGAUGGGCAUGUUCAACCAAGACAACCUGAUCGACUGGACCGCGGCGCUGCUCAUCCGGCACGAAGAUCUGGGCAUCACCGAGGAAGAGGCCAGGCAGUUGUGCCAGGAGACGCUCAUGGCCAUGGAUAACACCAAGGUACAUGCUCGUCUGGACUGGGGGAUUGUCUGGGCACAGAAGCCGUUGUGA